AUGGCAGUCGCAGGGGAAUUAACUGUUCCUUGUGGUCAGAUCAGUUCAAAGAUCGCAACUUUCAAUGCCAAGAGCCAGAUUUUUGGUGUGCCCAUGAUUUCUUGUUCUGGAGGGAAACUGAAGAGUAGGAUGUCUACUGGAGUUAGAGCAGUAUUGCAAAUGGGAGUGGGAGCAGCUGAGAGUGGGAGCAAGGUUGGGGGUGCUUUAGGUUUUGAUGUGGUGUCGGAGGAAGAGUUGAGAGAGAAGGGGUUUCUGGGGAUGAGGAAGACAAAGCUCGUGUGCACUAUUGGCCCUGCUUGUUCCUCCUUGGAGGAUCUGGAGAGGUUGGGAUUCGGAGGGAUGAAUGUGGCGAGGCUCAACAUGUGUCACAACUCGAGAGAGUGGCAUUUGGAUGUGAUCAGGAAGAUCAAGAAGUUGAAUGAAGAAAAGGGAUUUUGUGUUUCGGUCAUGAUUGAUACCGAGGGCAGUCAGAUCCAUGUCGUUGAUCAUGGUGCUCCUUCCUCUGUCAAAGUAGAGGAAGGAUCAAUCUGGUUAUUUACUACCAAAAAGUUCGAGGGUUCCCGCCCUUUCACUGUCCAAGCAAACCACUCCGGUUUUUCUGAAGGUAUUGAGGUUGGUGAUGAGCUCGUUAUCGAUGGAGGCAUGGCAAGUUUUGAAGUCAUUGAAAAGAUUGGGAAUGAUUUGAAGUGUAAGUGCACAGAUUCUGGUUUGUUUCUUCCUUGCGCAAAGUUCAGCUUUUGGAGAGAUGGGAAGCUUGUUGAGAGGAAUUACAAAUUGCCUACUCUGUCAAGAAAGGAUUGGGCUGACAUAGACUUUGGAAUUGCUGAAGGUGUAGACUUCAUUGCAAUGUCAUUUGUCAAUGAUGCUGAUGCAGUCAGCAACCUUAAGGAUUACAUUUCCACCAAAUCAUCCAAGUAA